UGUUCCUUAUUUACAUCAAUGACUUGCCGUCCCGUCUAUCACCCGGGACCACGGCUAGGCUUUUCGCCGAUGAUUGCCUUAUCUACAGGGAGAUUCGCGGUCAAGGCGACCAAGUCAUCUUACAGAAGGACUUAAUCGCACUGCAAGAUUGGGCAGCAACCUGGGGCAUGAAAUUCAACCCUAAGAAAUGCAACACCAUGUCCAUCACACGGAACAAGAACCCUUUUACUUGGAUGUACGAGAUGUGUGGCGAGUUUAUCCACCAAACAGAGCAGGCCAAGUAUCUUGGCAUCACUAUCAGCAACGACCUGAAAUGGUCAACACAUAUCAGCACUGCUGUAACACGUGCCAACCACACACUUCAUUUUCUCAGCCGUAACCUUCGCUACUGCCCCCGCCAAGUCCGUGAGACCGCAUAUUUCAGUCUCGUUCGCUCUACUAUAGAGUAUGGUGCAGUUAUCUGGGAUCCUUAUCUGAGAAAGGAUAUUGACACACUUGAAAUGGUCAACCGACGUGCUGCUCGCUUUGUGACCAGUAACCACCGUCGUCAGGAUGUCAGCGUCACAGCCCUCCUGCAUGACCUGAGAUGGCCGUCACUUCAGUCUCGACGACAGCAAGCACGACUAGUAAUGAUGUAUAAGAUAACCAAUGGUCUCGUGGCUAUCCCAUCCAGUCGGCUUAUCCCGGCAGUUGCUCGCACCCGUGCCAACCACGCCCACAAGUACAAGACUCUGAGACCACACUGUGACAUUGCAAAAUACUCAUUCUAUGCUAGGACAAUUCCUGAAUGGAAUAACCUUUCUGCCGACGUAGCUGAGAGUCCAUCAUUACAAACUUUUAAGAAUCGUUUAUCGUCACUUCCGUAAUCAUGUGUAUAUCUCCCCUCUGCGCGAUGUCCCUGUAUGUAGGGAAUUUGCAGAGUAGUAGCUAGAA